UUCUCAAUGGAGCAACCCUUCAUGAGGCUUGUCUUAGAUGCAAACAAAUCUUUGUACCCAAGGAUCGGAUAGCUUCCCAAAAUAAUAAAUUAAUGUAAAAAAAAGGGGUAUAUAAUUAGCUGCAAACAACAGUAAAAACCAGCUUUCAAACAAAUUCUUUCAUUGUCUCAAUGACCCUUUUAGACAGUCUUGCCGGCAAACCGAAUAAUCAAUUUUAUCUGUUCAAAGUCUAGCUCUUUGUGGCACUGGGUGAGGUAUCAGGCUAAGACUGUUGGGGGUGAUUGAGAGUGAAUGAAGAAAGGGUCUGUUUCUUUGAGCCAUCUGGGUACUUUUCCAAGCCCAGGAGGUUCAGAUUACCGUGAUAAUGGGGCGGUGGUGAGUCAAAAAGGUUGGAGUUCAGAGCGAGUGGCGCGUUCAGCUAACAGCAAUGGCAAUAGCAGAAGACAUAUCAGUGCUUCAUCUUUGACACCUUUUUACAGUGGAAGAACUUUGCCUUCCAAAUGGGAAGAUGCUGAGAGGUGGAUUUGUAGCCCUGUUUUGGGUUAUGGUGUUAGCAAGAACGUAAACUAUCAUCUCCAGAGGCGGCCAAAGUCUAAAAGUGGGCCGAUUGUGCCCCCUGGGAUUGCUUUCUACUCCAAUUGCUCGCCUUCCAUGAACUUGCUUGAUGGUGGAGGGAGUGGGACUGUGACGAAUUUGAUGGCAGGGUCUCCAUUUUCAACUGGGGUUUUGAUGGCUGAUGGGGUUUCCGUUCAUUAUCUUGGUUGUAGAGCCGCGGCAGCUGCUGGAGAUGUUGACGGCGAUCAAUCUUGUAUGGUGCAGAGUGAUAGUAAUGUAGCACGAUCCGCUAUUAUACCUGGAUGGUCGUCAGAUUUGGUCAGUGAGUCUUCAUUGCCAAGCUCUCAAGAUGAAAAACUUGAUGAAAUCAAGGAUGCCGAAAUGAUGCUGUGUCGUGUAGCUUCGCGGAGGGAUAUGGCGACGCAAAUGAGCCCGGACAACAGUAGCAGCCACUCAUCUACUAGAGAGAGGUCUUCAUUCGGCCACUCACCUCCCCCUAUCCUUCCUCUUCCUGCUGUGGACAACAAUGAUCAUCCUUCUAAACUGGACAUCAGGGAAGUGCAGAUAGACAAGCGAGCCACUGUUACUAACCGGUCAAAAAGGCAUGGAUCGAGAAGAAUCAAGAAAGGCGAGCCGGAUUUUGAAGGCUUCUACCGAAACAGCGCCCCAACUUCUGCUUUAUCUCUGGAUAUCGCAGAGGCAGCAACAAGCAUUUCAAAGUUGCAAAGAGAGGAAGCAAAGAUCAGUGCUUGGGAGAAUCUGCAGAGGGCAAAAGCUGAGGCAGCCAUACGUAAACUAGAGAUGAAAUUAGAAAAGAAGAGAUCAGCUUCAAUGGAUAAGAUCUUGAGAAAGCUGAGAACGGCUCAGGUGAAAGCUCAAGAAAUGAGGAGUUCCAUAUCAGGAAAAGAGGAUGAACAGAUUCCCAAGACUUCACCAAAGUUUACAUUCUUCCAUAUCCGCAUGAGUUUUCUCAGCAGUUGCUUCACCUGCCAUGGUUUCUAGUUUCUUGCAAAUCUUAUGUCCAUAUCCUCAAAUCUUUUCCAUAAAGUAUUAGCUUCCAAUGGAGUAUUUGUUUCCGGAUUUUUUUCGCUGCUGGUUUCUCGGCUUCCCUACUCUUCCAUGUAAAUUAUCUUAAGAUUUCUAGAUUCGAUGGUCCAGGAGACUGCAGAUUUCAACUUCUUGUUCUUAGUGGAUGUGAUUUUUUCUGGUUCUUUUUUAAAGGAAAUAUCAUCUUUUAUGCUUUGCAA